GGCUCUCGUAAACCACAUUUGUUCCAAACUUUCUUACUCGCAAUUAAACACUGCGGUAUUCUCUUACCUUUGUGACACCCAGGUACAUGCCCCAGCCUUCAAAUUGGAGUAGCGCAAUCCACUAACAUCUUCCAGAUUCACCAUGCGUGAAAUCUUACCAUAUCAAUGCACUUUUAGUUCUGUAUCGAGCCGAUUAGAAAGCAAGAUUAAGAGCAUCUUACCCCAGUAUGACGAGAAAGAUCCAAGGACAUGGCCUUAUGUGACUUUGGCGACUAUCGAGGAGCGUCGCCCUUACUACGGCUACCCAAAUCUUCUAGCAGGCGUUGCUUACCAGCGGUCGGUCAUACUGCGAUACCACGCCAUGUACUCAGCUGAGGAGCGCAAGCAAAGCGCCUUCCUAAACGGCUCAUUUCACGAAAGAUAUCCUUGCAACUACGAUGAAUACGAUCAGCUGAAGGACUGGGUCGGCAUGUCCAAGGUGGAGCAUAAGAGAUACAUGGCAAACGUCGCCGGAGACAUCAUAGACAUCACAGAAGAUGCAUACGACGAUGGAUUGCGCCUUCCGCCGCGCCAAUCGACUACUAUAAGGGGAGACAGGACUCUGAAUGGCGAGUGCUGCGCAAAUAGUAGAUGUAUCGAAACCAGACGCGAAGCAGCCAAACCCCGAAAGGAACUCUCGCAGAAGCAAGGCCAACUCGUGAACUCUCAGCAGAACCCCAAAGAAUUCGAAGCAAGCGAAGAACGCAGACACAACGCGCCAAGCGACACACAAGCCGAACUCGAGAAGCUGCGACAAUGCGCAGAUGCCGCGGAGCGCGAAUGCGAGAUCCGCAGGGCAAACAAUAUCAAGCUAUUAUGGCGGGUACGGGAGCUAGAAAGAAAGGCAGUUCAGAGGGAUGAGCUGGAAGCGUAUUGCAGUCAGUUAGAGGAGGAGGUUGAUGUACUCAAGGGGAAGCGAAAGCGAGACGUUGUAGAGUCUGAUCCUAAUGAGGAUUUGAUGGAGGGAUAUAUGUUUAGCAGCAAGAAGACGAGGUCGUCUAGCGCAGAUUAGUCGUAGGGAAUUGAGGUUGAG